AUGGUACAAAAAUGUUGCGUUUGCAAAGCGCAACGAUCAAGUGAGAACGAUAUCACAUUACACAGUUUUCCAAAAGACAAAAUAGUUCUUCGCAAAUGGAUUUUGAACCUUAAUAAGAACUAUAUCUUUACACCAACUGUACAUACAAGAAUUUGUAAUGAGCAUUUUGAUGAAAAUGAUUUCAUUAAUACCGACAAACUAAGACGUCUAAAACCAGAUGCUAUACCAACCAAAAUAAUGGGUGUUCGUCGUUCGUUGUUGUCAGAUUUCCAAAGUUCUUCAAGUGAAUAUGUGUGUGAUCCAUCUACCUCAAAUGAGCAAUUAUUAGAUAUGCCAAAUGAUAUCUGUGAGACUGUUUUAGUUCAGACAACGAUUAAAAAUGCAGAAAUUCUAGAUGUCCAUAGUUCUUUCUCUAACUCAAAUGAGAAAUCAUCAGAUAUGUCAAAUAAUAUCCAUGAUAAUAAUGUAGGCAAAAAUAUAACUGAUACCAAAAAACGUAAGUAUUAUCGUUAUAUUGGAGAUUUCUCGGAAGACGACUUGGAAACCCCAAGGAGAAGGAAACUGUUUUGGAAGACACAUACUAAAAUGUUAGAUGAAACAAAACAGAAAAUCAGAUGUCUUGAACAAAAAAAUCGAAGAUUGGAGUCAAAAAUCACUUGUUUAGAUUCAUUAGUAGAUGAACUUAAACAAAAAUAUCAAUUAAAUGCUAGUUAUUCUGAUAUUUUAAGGAAACCAUUGCACUGA